AUGCCUAAUCAAAAGCAAAUGGAAAAUGGAUUGUCUCCCCCAUUAAUUGAGAAUGGUUAUUGUAAUAAUUCAUUAGAAAAAAUCCAAAAACAAAAAAGAAAGAGAACACCGAGGGAAUGGUUUAAAAAAUAUUUUUGGGAAGGUCAAAAACUUCAUGGAAUUAGUGAAGAAGAAAAACAAAUACCUCUUCCUUCUAAUGCCACUUUUGAGCAAAAAAUGCUUAUAAAAUACAAAAACUUUAUUGCUUUACUUAUUCCUUUUAGUGUUGCACAAUUUAUUUGGUGGAGUUCUGCAAUUAAAUACAACUUUUUUUCUCUUUAUUCAACACAUUGGCAAAUGCCAUUAACAAUGGUUGUUGGUUCUAUUAUUGCAGGAAUGACUAGUGAAGGUGGUGGGGCUGUUGCCUUCCCUAUUGGAAUGACAAUGGCAUUUUUUGUUAUUAUUUUUAUGAGAAUUCAAAUUGAGUGGAGGGCUAUUAUAUUUGGAACUAUUGGGGCUAUACCUGGGGCUUUAAUUGGAUUUACUUUAAUUGAACCUUUAUUUAAUCCCCAAACUGAAAAAAUGCUUUUUGUGAGUAUUUGGUCUUCAUUUGCCAUUUCUCUAUGGAUUUUAAAUUGUGAAAAGAAAAGGAAAACUUUCAAUACAAUUGAAAAUUUUUGUUUUUGGAAAUGCAUUAUACUUAUUUUGACUGGAUUUAUUGGCGGUAUUUUAAAUUUUACUGUACCUAAUUUUUCUCGUUUUUAUGUGUCUUUACAUCUUUUGCUGGAAGCGGCGUUGAUAUUUGUACAUUCUCAACUUUAA